AUGUGUAGAAUAAAAUGUGCUAAACUUAUUUUACGUAAAAAAAUGAAACUUAUUAUUUCACAACUUAGUCCCGAGGAAAAAGAUAGACAGUCAAGGAAAUUAUUUGGAAAAUUAUGUGGUCUGCAACAAUUUCAACAAAGUAGAAGAAUUUCAUUAUUCUUAAGUACAAAAGAUGAAGUAAAUACAAUACCGAUAUUAAAGCAUCUUUUUGCAACAAAAAAGGAGGUAUUUGUACCAACAUACAGAGGAUUGAACAUGGAAAUGGUUAAAUUACUUUCAAUGGAGGAUUAUGAAAAGUUACCAGUAACCAAAUGGAACAUCAAGCAACCAAAGUUUACUGAAACUAGAGAAAAUGCUUUAAAAACUGGUGGUUUAGAUUUAAUAAUUCUACCUGGUGUGGCAUUUACCAUUGAUGGGAAACGUUUAGGACAUGGGAUGGGUUAUUAUGACUCAUUCUUAAAUGCUUGUUUGAAGAAACAACAAACAAAACCAUACUUAAUUGGAGUGGCAUUUAAUGAACAAAUAUGGGAAGAUAUACCCACAUCGGAUACUGAUGUACCUGUCGAUCUUGUACUUACAGAAAAUACGUUUAUUUUAAGAUAAAUCUUUUAGCAAUUUAAAAAGUA